UUAAAAAUUAGGUAAAGGUUAGGUUAGGUUAGGUAAAUUGUUUAUUACAUCGUUUUCUUACUAUGCAAUUGAGUGAAAAAUUUAAUUAAUUCAAUGACAAAAAAUAUAUAAAUAUUGAACUAGGAUUAUUAUUUUAAUGGCACCAAGAAAACGAUUUCACGGUAAAAAAAGAAAAUUUGACGAAAACGCGCGAAGUCGACCAAAGCAAAAAAAGGGCAAGUUUGAAUAUAGAAAAGCUUCUUAUGUCAAAGAGCGUGAAGCAAAAAAUGAGGAGAUUGAAGCUCGCAGGCGAAUUGUGGAGGAAGAAAAGGCACGUCAGCGACUUAAAGAAAUCGAUAGUUCCGAAGAAGAAGAAAUUGAUUCUGAAUUGCUCCUUAUGUCCCAAUUCCCCAAUUAUGAAAAUUUACUGGAAAAGCUAAAGAAACCAGUUGUAACCAGUUCAGAUAGUGAAGAUGAAGAUAAUAAUAAACAGGAUGAAAGUGAAAAGAGCACAGAAAGAAAGAAGAAAAAGAGGAAGGAAAGAAAUAUAAUUGAAAAGAAAGAAUUUGAAGAAGAGAGUGGAGAAUCUGAAACGGAUGAAUCUUAUGAUAACGGUAAGAUUAAAGAGAAUACAAAUGAUAUGAAGGAGGACAAUUACGAAGAUGCUGAGACUGCUCAGGAAGAUGCUGGUCAUUUGAGAGAUCCGUUCUCUUUACAUUUGCGCAAUGACAUGGAUGAUGAACUGUUUAAAGCGGUUUCUGUAACACCACAGGUUACGGAGAUUAUAACAUUGGAAUGGCCCACGCUUGGAAAUUUAAUAUGUCAGAUUCCAAAACCUAAUAGUAAUUCAAAAGAUAAGCCAAUAAAAAUCAAAAAGCUUCUAGAUGAUGAGGAUAAACAAUACACAAAUUAUGGUAAAGUUCCAAAUUUAAUUGAAAGCAUUGAUUGGAAUAAAUUGCAUAUAAAAUCACAAAUUCAGAAUAAUUUAACCAAAGCUAAUUAUCAUAACAUAAAGAAUAAUAUUGAAAAAGAUUCUGCACCUUUAACUCCUCUUCAAAGAGAGUUAUUUUCAGUGAUAAAUAAUUAUCAAGAUUUGUAUUAUCCUGAAAGAACAUUUUCGAACGCUGAUCAGAUACGAUUUGUUUAUUGUUUGCAUGUAAUUAAUCAUGUUCUGAAGACUCGAACAAAAAUAUUGCAUCAUAAUGCAAAGUUAGCCAAGUCCAAUUUUGAUGGAAUGGGACAAAUUCCAGAUGAAUAUAGAGAUCAUGGUUUAGUCAGGCCCAAAGUGCUUAUAAUAGUGCCAUUUAAACAUUCUUGCUUGAAAAUAGUCGAGAUGUUUAUCUCGAUUUUAUUUGGAGAGGAUAAAGGUGGCUCUGUCAUUAAUAAGCUGCGAUUCAUGGAAGAUUUUACUGGAAACGAAUUAGCGAUACCUAAGAAGAAUCCUAAACCAAAAGAUUAUGAAAUGACUCUACAAGGAAAUGUUGAUGACAAGUUUAAGAUAGGUAUGGCUAUCACCAAGAAGACUUUGAAAUUAUACACGAAUUUUUACUCCUCUGAUAUUAUAAUUGGCUCACCAUUGGGUCUUAGAAGGGUGAUAGGUGCAGAAGGAGAGGCAGAAAGAGACUACGAUUUUCUUUCAUCCAUAGAAUUGCUAAUCAUAGACCAAAUUGAUGUCGUUCUUAUGCAGAAUUGGGAUCACCUGUAUCAAAUAUUGGAUUAUUUGCAUCUGCAACCUGAAAAAUCUCACGACAUUGAUUAUUCUCGCCUCAGAAGUUGGUGCGUGAAUGGCUGGAGCAAAUAUUAUAGACAGACAUUGAUCUUUUCCAGUAUCGAGCUGCCGCAUGUAAAUACGUUACUGAUAAGGAAAUGCCUCAACUACGCAGGCAAAGUGAAGGUGGCGAAUCGAAUUGAGCCGGGUUCGAUUCACAAGGUGACUGUCAAAAUUCCGCAGGUGUUCCAUAGAUUCGAGGCGUCCGAUCUUAUUCAAGCUGUCGACAACAGGUUGGAGUUUUUCCUGAAAGAGGUGCUGCCACGAUACAUGGAUCCCAUAUAUAAUCACACAUUGAUCUAUUUUCCAUCUUAUUUCGAUUUUAUAUAUGUACGGAAUCGCAUGAUGAAAGAGAAAUUGAGUUUCGCGCAAAUCUGUGAGUAUACCGAGGACCGAAAAGUUGCUCGAGCAAGGGAUAUGUUCUUCCAUAGCGACGCGCAUUUUCUCCUUUACACAGAACGUUGGCACUUUUGGCGAAGAACGAGGGUGAAAGGUAUUCGCCACCUCAUAUUUUAUCAGUUGCCCACUUAUCCGCACUUUUAUAACGAAAUGUGUAAUUUAAUGGAUAGAUUUUAUCAGAAUCCGCGCUCUGGCACAGAGUUCAAUAUGUCGGUAACCGUUAUUUAUAAUAAAUUCGAUGCCAUUUCGCUUGCUCAAAUUGUGGGCCAGAGUAGAGCCUCCGAAAUGAUAACAUCUGAAUCUAAAAUACAUACAAUAAAAUGCUGAAAUUUUGGUGCGUUCAUAUAAAUAUGACGGGUUAACUAUAAACAAUUAUCUAUUUAAUUGCCUGAAAUAAUGUUA